AUGCCUAGAGGCAACAAGAGCAAGAGCCGCUCCCGGGCCAAAAGGCAGCAGAUGCGGGGAGAGAGGCCUAAUCUCCAGGGUGCUCAGCCCACUGCGGAGGAGGAGGAGGAAGCAGCAUCUCCCGCUCUUGUCCAGGGAGAUGUUCCCAGCUCCCCUGAUAUAGGCACUCCUCAGGGGUCUGAAAAGGCUGCAUCCCAUAGUUCUUCUGCUUUAAAUGUGCCCCAUCCGGUCCAUGAUGUUGGUGCUGCGGGUUCCUUUACAGGUAUGGAUGAGAGACGUGCAAAUGUCUCCAUUAUAGCAGAUGCCAUCCAAACUGCACGCAACGACCCUCUGACCAGGAAGGCCAGCAAGGUACUCCACUAUCUGCUGGAGAAGUACCAGAAGGAUGAGCAACCCGUGGAGGCAGAGAUGCUGAAGCUGAUCAGCACGAAGUACAAGGCUGACUUCCCCCGCAUCCUGGAGAAAGCCACCUAUCAGCUGGAACUGGUCUAUGGUCUGGAGUUGAAGGUUGACAACCCUGCCACUCAGUCCUAUGUCCUAGUUAACAAGUUACCCAUCCUCCCUGGGGCAAAUGUGGGUGGCAGGAGAGAAUUGCCUAAGACGGGUCUCAUCCUGACCCUCCUGGGUAUGAUCUUAAUGAAGGGCAACCGUGCCACUGAGGAAGAGGUCUGGCAGUUUCUCCACAUGCAGGGGAUAUAUCCUGGGAGGAGGCACUUAAUCUUUGGGAAUCCCCAGAAUUUCAUCACCAAAGAGCUAGUUGAGCAGAAUUAUGUGGAGUACCGCCAAGUUCCUGGCAGUGAUCCCCCAACCUAUGAGUUUCUAUGGGGUUCCAGAGCCCAUGAAGAAUCCAUUUCCAGGAAAGUCCUGGAAGUUUUGGAUAAGAUCAGAGAUGCCAUUCCUGGUUACUAUCCUCAACAGUAUGAGGAGGCUCUCAGUAACCAGGCUGAGAGAGCAGCAAGGAGAGACAAGGCUGUUAGUGUCCGUGCUGACAGGGUUCUCUCCCAUGCCCAACCUAGAAGGUCCUCCCACAUUUAG